AAAGGAAUUUAGGGAACUGUCAAUCGUGGCAAAGCUACGUGACAGUGAGCUUGCGGAAGUAGGCGUGUUCUUGCGUAAUUGGAGGGUAUAUAGGAUCUCUCUAUUCAGGUUGGGGGUUUAGCAGACGAUUUGCAAGGCUAACAUAAAGCUACGACAGAAGGUCAAAGAGAUGUACCUGGUAAUUCUAGUAUUAACGCUUGACUGUUUCGUUCUUGGGCUUUCCGGCGAAGUGUGUUCCAAUGGUGAGAGGAGCAUGACUUGCGACUAUGACAUCAAAGUCAAGACCGGAAGUUCGCUUGGUGCGGGUACGGACGCACAUGUCUACAUCCGGCUUGUAGGCACAAGGGGGGUAACCGCUGUACACGAGCUUACUGGCCCAAGCAGCACCUUCGAAAAGAAUAGUGUUGACAGUUUCAUUAUCAAAGACGGCGCCAGCAUCGGUGAUCUUACGGCGGUCAAUAUAAAAAGGGACGAAAGCGGAUGGUUUCCCAAGUGGCAACUUACAAAGAUAGGGGUUCUAUCUCGUGUAACUGGUCAGUGGUCUUUGUUUGUCUACGAUGAUUGGACAACACCAAAUGCCUGGAUCACUAUUCCUAUUACUUGUUAUCCUGGUUUUACAAAGAAUUCAACAACAGGACUAUGCGAUGACCCAAAAUGCGGAGCAAAAGCUUCUGAUGUACUGACCCGUUUACUCGGUGGUUCCGAGGCCCCCGUGGGUAGCUGGCCAUGGCAGGCGAUAAUAGAAUUUAAACGGGAUCACAAAAGGUUCUGUUCUGGGUCCCUUGUGUUUCCUCAAUGGGUGUUGACAACUGCGUUCUGUGUUUACGGGAAAAAGCCAUCCAUGCUUGCCGUCAGACCCGGUGCAGCACACGCAGCUUACUCAGGAUCGUCCGCGGAACAAAAUAUAGAAGCUCAAGACAUCUUCAUCCAUCCAGACUAUCACAAAUAUACGAUCUUUUCCCACGACCUAGCUCUAGUCAAGCUAAGCCACCCGGCCUCAAUAUCAAAUACGGUUAACCUGGCCUGUUUACCAGGGAGCAUUUCUCAGGUACCUGUGAGCGCACCUGCCCAGAGUUGCUGGUACACAGGCUGGGGGGUGAAAUCUGGUACCCUGUAUCAAGCACCAGUGCCAUUAGUGUCCGAAGACAAGUGCAAAAGCCCAGUGCAAAAAAUGCACCCAUCAAUGCUAUGUGGCUACGAGGCACGUAAUGACACGGGGCCUUGUGUAAAGGACAGAGGAGGGCCCCUCUCGUGCGAGUCCCAGGGCAAAUGGUACCUAAAGGGACUUGUCAGUACGGGUACUGACUGCUAUAGUAAUAUGCCAAAGAAUCUAAUCUUCACGAAAAUAAGCUUUCUUAUGGGGUGGAUCAAACAAGUGAUAAACAACGAUCACGAUUUUUAGAGAUACGAGACUAGUCUUGUGCUUAGUUCAAUAAUAUCCACAGAAAACCAGAGCAUAACAUGAUUAUAAUUAUGAUUUUAGAAAGUGUUUUUGGGUUUGAUUACUUUAGAUUAAUCAUUACAGAUGCAGCUUUCACCUUAGUGAAUUGAUAAACAGGAGCAUGUCAGGUUAAAGAAACUGCAAAUACUUAGGUUAGACGAAAGUAGUAGAUACACUAAACUUGUAACGUGCCAAGGCGGAUCAGUUAAUUUAUUUGCCUAUUCAG